AUGGAAUCAGAAAACGACAUGAAGACUGAACUCAAACACAUGCCUAGUAUCGACUUGGCUUCGACCUCUGGUAUUACCUCCACUGAUGUGGUCAACAAUGAUAUUGGCACCACACAGCGUGGUCUGAAAGCCCGUCAUGGGCAGAUGAUAGCGCUAGGAGGCUGCGUAGGAACCGGCCUUUUCAUCAGCACGGGAGCAACGUUGGCCUUGGGUGGGCCAGCCUUCAUACUUAUCGCCUUCAUCCUAAUGAGUAUCUUGGUCUAUUUCAUCGUCACUGCUAUCGUUGAAGUUUCGGCCUAUCUUCCAAUCAAGGCUGCUUCAAUGUCAUAUUACGCCACGCGAAACGUCUCGAAGAGUAUGGGUUUUGCGUUGGGAUGGCUAUACGUCUAUUCUUUAGGCAUUUUGGUCCCAUAUGAAAUCACUGCGGGUGCGCUGGUCAUUGACUACUGGGAGAACCCGGUCCAUGUCGGAGUCUGGAUUACAAUUUUUGUUGUCGUGAUCAUCGCCCUGAACCUCUGCCCAGUCAAGUACUACGGAGAAUCGGAGUUCUGGUUUGCAUCCAUAAAGGUUUUUACCCUUAUUGGACUUUUGUUGCUUACAUUUAUAUUAUUUUGGGGUGGAGGCCCAGAUCAAGACGGCAUCCUUGGUUUUCAUUAUUGGAAAGAUCCCGGGGCUACCGGCACUUGGCUUGUUGACGGAGCUUCUGGCACAUUUGUAGCAUUUGUGGGGACCGUUGUUCUCAGUGCAUUUCCCUUCACGUUUGCUCCGGAGCUCCUCAUUUUUACAAGUGGGGAGAUGCAGAACCCUCGAAAGAAUCUCCCAAAGAAUGCGAACCGCUUCAUUAUACGCCUCAUUGUCUUCUACGUGGGCGCAGUCUUCGCAAUGGGUAUCAUCUGCCCUCAUACCGAAGACGCACUUGUUAGUGGUGAUGCUAGUGCAAAAUCUUCGGCAUUUGUCGUCGGCAUCAACCACGCGCGUAUCAAAGGGCUCGGAAGUGUCGUCAACGCUGCAAUCCUCACAUCGGCUUGGUCUGCAGGCAACGCGUACUUGUACAUGAGCUCGCGGGCCCUGUACUCGUUGGCUCUAUCUGGUCAGGCACCUAAGAUUUUCCAAAAGUGUACCAAAGACGGAGUUCCAUAUUUCGCAGUCAUGGGCUGUUCGAUAUUCGCGGCACUAGCUUACCUCAACGUCGGGCAGAACAGCUCCGUGGUGUUUAGAUGUGCGUGCCGAGCUCAGGGCAAGCCUGAGAUGCCCUACCAUAGCUGGACGCAACCAUACGCAGCAUGGAUUGCGAUGGUCUUCUUUGUUAUCCUGACCUUGGUCAACGGCUUCAAUGUCUUCUUCCCAGGUCAGUUCUCGGCAUCAGACUUUUUGACUGCCUACGUUGGCAUUCCAGCAUUUUUCGCCAUCUAUUUCGGCCACAAACUCUGGAAAGGGCGUUCAGAUCCAUGGUAUCUCUCGGCCGAUGCAAUUGAUAUUCAGGAAGGUCUGGAAGAGUUGCCAGACGAGGAAGAACCAGUAGGAUCGGGGGAGAAGCAAAAUUGGAGAAAAUGGGCGAAGAAGUUUACUUGA